CCAAAAUCGACCUACCUCAGUACUCAGGCGAUUUCCAAAAUUGGAUGGAAUUUAGAGAUAUGUACAUUUCUUUAAUACACGAAAGUAGCAAUCUUAGUAACAUUAAUAAAUUUCAUUAUUUACGAGCAGCUUUAAAGGGCAUGCCUAAGCCUCACUAGUUAUUAACAAUUUAGACUUCCGUUCAGAAAAUUAUUUAAUAGCUUGGCAAUUAUUAUCAGAAAGAUUAUUAUCAUAUCUUUCUCGCGUACUUAUAAGCAAUCAUUUAAAUGCAUUAUUUAAUUUAGAAGCGAUUCCAAAAGAAUCUAGUCAGUCUUUACGUAAUAUGAUAGACGUAAUUAACAAAAACUUACGGUCAUUAAGUGCCCUUGGCCAACCUACAGACCAUUGGGACACUCUUAUUAUUUAUAUUAUGUCUAGAAAAUUGGAUUAUACAUCUAAUUUAAAAUGGGAAGAACUGAGAAAUGAUCGUAAUGACGGCGAAACUUUAGAACAAUUUUUUAAAUUUUUAAACAACAGAGCUGACUUACUACAUACUGUACAAUAUAACAAAAAUGCAAAUAAAACAUAUACGCCAUAUACUAGCACAGUUAACAAUAAAAAAAAUAAAACAUUUACAGUGACAACCAACAAUAAUCGCAGUAAUAAUUACACUAUAUCUUGUGCGUUAUGCAAACAGACUCAUCACCUUUUUACUUGUCAGUUAUUUAGAGAUUUGGAUGUGGAUACUCGCAUACAAAAAGUUAAUGGUUACUCCAUAUGUCAAAACUGCUUGCGUCCAGGACAUAAAGAAAAUAAGUGUAAAUUAUCACAUUGUAAAUAUUGUAAGGAGAAACAUAACACACUGUUGCACAAAGAUAUACAUACUGAAACUAUACAUUCAGAAAAUGUUGUCUUAUCAACAAAUAUUGUUCAAACGUCUUCUCAGUCACACAUUUUAUUAUCCACAGCAUUAGUGCAAGUGUCAGACGCUCAAGGACGACUCCAUACUGCGCGUUUGCUGUUGGAUAAUGGAAGUACUUCUCACUUCAUCACACGGCAGCUCUGCGAGAAGCUGGGUCUCGUAAUACGUAACACCAACUCCACCAUAUCUGGUAUUAAUAACCAGCUUACCAGAACAAAAUGGCAGUCAUCGGAGGGAGAGGAAAUGAAGGUUGGAGCCAUGGUCAUAGUCAAGGACAAAGUGCAGCCACCGCUCCUUUGGUUAUUAGGGCGGAUCACAAAGUUAUCUGGCUCUGACACUACACGGGUGGCUGAGAUUCGUACGAAGACAGGCAUCAUCACGAGGGCAUACAACAACAUAUGUGUACUUCCCAUCUAUUGAAUGGCAUAGCAUUCAACGUCCGGGAGUAUGUUCAUUACACGGCACUCUGAUCAACCAGCAGCGCGACCAGCGGGGUCCGUCCGGAGGACACCGACAAUACCCGAACGGAGCCGACCGCCACUUGUGCAUAGUACGGCGGCAAAGUUACACCUUAUUUUAUAAUCUUGUAAAGAAU